CCGCACGUCGGCGGACACGCGCACGCUCACGUCGGCGCGCACGCACUGUCCGGCGCGGGUCCACGCCGUGAAGCGCCGCGGUGCGGGACUCUUCCGUGGUCGGAGGUACCCGAGCGGCCCUGAGGAUGUCGUACAUGCUCCCGCACUUGCACAACGGCUGGCAGGUGGACCAGGCCAUCCUUUCGGAGGAAGACCGGGUGGUGGUCAUCCGGUUCGGACACGACUGGGACCCCACUUGCAUGAAGAUGGACGAGGUCCUGUACAGUAUCGCCGAAAAGGUGAAAAAUUUUGCAGUUAUCUAUCUUGUGGAUAUCACAGAAGUGCCUGACUUCAACAAGAUGUAUGAGUUAUAUGAUCCGUGCACCGUCAUGUUUUUCUUCAGGAAUAAGCACAUCAUGAUUGACCUGGGUACUGGCAACAACAACAAGAUCAACUGGGCCAUGGAAGACAAACAGGAAAUGAUAGACAUAAUCGAGACCGUGUACCGAGGUGCCCGCAAAGGCCGUGGUCUGGUCGUGUCUCCAAAGGACUACUCUACAAAGUACAGAUACUGAGCUCUCGGCCCGGUGUCUCUGCACGUAAAUGUUGCAGAGUCCUUUCCAUGUGGGAAUAUCUUAAACUGUUUAAAGCCUUAGAGCGUUUGGAAGGCUGGACGAGUAGAAGCAGCCCAGGGGGCUGGAGGUUCUCUACAGUAAGGGUUGCAUGGCCUCAACUUUCUGCCUGGCCACUGUAUUUUUCUAUUAGCAAAUAUCUAGCUGAGAUAAAUAAAAUGUGCAGUGACAGAAA